AUGCUCUCCGCGUGCGCCACCUCCGGCCUUCCGCGCGCGCGCGCCUUGCUUAGUCCACGCUCUGCGUCCGCCAGUCGGCGCGCUUCCCUGCUUACUCCGCGCUGUUCCGCGGGGGACGGAAUUGGGGCGGAAACAGAGGGGGGAGGGGCGGAGGCAGGAGCAGGUGUCGGGCACGCAGGGGGGGAAAACAUUCUGCGCGUCGUGUAUCAUAGGUGCGAAGGGGGACAACGGUGGGAUGGGAUGGGGAGGGAGCGGGAAAGGGUAAAGAAAGUGCUCGCAGGAGGGGGGAAAGGGGUGAGGAAUAUCCACUCCAUCCGUGGUUCAUACCCGUGCUAUGGCUCCAUCCGUGGUUCAUACCCGUGCUAUGGCUCCAUCCGUGGUUCAUACCCGUGCUAUGGCUCCAUCCGUGGUUCAUACCCGUGCUAUGGCUCCAUCCGUGGUUCAUACCCGUGCUAUGGCUCCAUCCGUGGUUCAUACCCGUGCUAUGGCUCCAUCCGUGGUUCAUACCCGUGCUAUGGCUCCAUCCGUGGUUCAUACCCGUGCUAUGGCUCCAUCCGUGGUUCAUACCCGUGCUAUGGCUCCAUCCGUUGUUCAUACCCGUGCUAUGGCUCCAUCCGUGGUUCAUACCCGUGCUAUGGCUCCAUCCGUGGUUCAUACCCGUGCUAUGGCUCCAUCCGUGGUUCAUACCCGUGCUAUGGCUCCAUCCGUGGUUCAUACCCGUGCUAUGGCUCUAUCCGUGGUUCAUACCCGUGCUAUGGCUCUAUCCGUGGUUCAUACCCGUGCUAUGGCUCCAUCCGUGCACUGGCAGGGGCGACGGUGACUACACGGGGUGGGGGCUGCACGUGUGUGGGGCGAUGUGGAGACAGAGACCCUCUGCCUGCCAGCACCUCUUGCCCUCCUCGCUUGCCACUGCCACUCGUGGUGUUGCUGGUGCUCAUGCACCUUCCCAUGCUGCCAUGCGCUGCUCCAUGUGCCGGCACUGGCAGGGGCGAUGGCGACUACAACGGAUGGGGGCUGCACGUGUGGGGCGACGUGGAGACCGAGACCGACUGGCAGCACCCUCUGGACUCCUCGCCUGCUGCUGCCACUGGCGGUGUUGUUGCUGCGGGUGGUGGCGGGAUGAAGUGGGUGGAGUGGCGCGUGCAGCUGCAGCCACAGGCGCGGACAGUGAACGUGCUGCCACACCGAGGGGACUGGAAGGACUGCACGUGGACCAUAGACAUGGCCGCGCUGCCCGCACCGCCAUGCGCCACCAGCACCCACCGCGGCUCCACAGUGUGGCUCAUCGCUGACUGCCAGCGCGCCUUCCUGCACGCCCCCAACCUCGACCGCCUCCCCAAGGUACCUCCACCCGCCUCUCUCCUGCCCCCACCGGCGUCUCUCCCACCCACCCCAACCUGUCCCUCGCCUCAGGGCAGUUUGGAUCUAUUCAAGGCGCACUGGGUGUCGGCAGACGAGAUUGCAGUGGACUGGGACUAUAACGAGAGUGACUAUGGCGAGCAGAUUCUCUUCGCCCUGCAUGCCAGCGAAUCCGCCUCACUCGCCCUCACAGAGGACGGCGUGCAAGGAGCGGACUCCGUCAUUCCCCUCACGCUGGACGCUGCCGGCCUCUCACCUGCUGUAAGCCUCUCACCUGCUGUAAGCCUCUCACCUGCUGUAAGCAUCGCACUCCCCCCGUAUGGCGGGAUGGCGCAUGGCAUGGUGCAAUUAUGGCAUGUUCUAUUCAGAUUUUUAAGCAUCUCGUGCAACUUCUUACCACCCCACUCUUGUCAACACUGGCUCCCUUCAUCUCCACUCUUGUCAACACUGUCUCCCUUCAUCUCCACUCUUGUCAACACUGUCUCCCUUCAUCUCCACUCUUUUCAACACUGUCUCCCUUCAUCUCCACUCUUGUCAACACUGUCUCCCUUCAUCUCCACUCUUUUCAACACUGUCUCCCUUCAUCUCCACUCUUGUCAACACUGUCUCCCUUCAUCUCCACUCUUGUCAACACUGUCUCCCUUCAUCUCCACUCUUUUCAACACUGUCUCCCUUCAUCUCCACUCUUGUCAACACUGUCUCCCUUCAUCUCCACUCUUUUCAACACUGUCUCCCUUCAUCUCCACUCUUUUCAACACUGUCUCCCUUCAUCUCCACUCUUGUCAACACUGUCUCCCUUCAUCUCCACUCUUGUCAACACUGUCUCCCUUCAUCUCCACUCUUUUCAACACUGUCUCCCUUCAUCUCCACUCUUGUCAACACUGUCUCCCUUCAUCUCCACUCUUGUCAACACUGUCUCCCUUCAUCUCCACUCUUUUCAACACUGUCUCCCUUCAUCUCCACUCUUGUCAACACUGUCUCCCUUCAUCUCCACUCUUUUCAACACUGUCUCCCUUCAUCUCCACUCCUCACACACCCUGGCACUAUCAAUCUCUCAGCCCUCCCUCUUCCGCCUCUUACCCAACCCCACCCCUCCCUCCCUACCCGCUCCCAUGCUUCCCCCCCUUCCCCAUGCAGGUGCGCACCAAGUUCCCCCACCUAGCGUCCUUCACCUGCCUACGCCUCCCCACCCCCCCCCUCCCCCACCUGCACCGCCUGCUUGCCUCACAGACCGCCCUCGCCUGCUCCUCUGUGCACCCAUAUCAGCACGCAUACUCAUGCCUCAUCACUGCAGCAGCAGCUGGCAGGAGCACAAGAUGUGCUGCCGCAGUGCCGUUGCCAGGAGUGAUACUGCUCUGUGCUCGCUCAUCUCUCUCCUUGCAUUGCAACCUCUCAAUCACUUGCCCCUCCCACCCUCUACCAGCGUCCAGCACACCCAUCAACGCCACAUGCCUGCACGCUGCAGCAUCAGGCACGCCCCUGGACGCCACGUGUCUGCAGGUGGCAGGCGCCUUGGACGCGCUGUGUGGGUACGAGGGGCCGCUGGGAGCGCACGUGGAGAAGCAGGGGGGGGGCUGGUGGUCCAGUGGCAGUGGCACCGUGAGCAUUCACGUGUGGGCGCCCACGGCUCAGGAGGUGACGCUGCUGCUGUUCGACCAGCCACAUGCAUCGCCCCCCGUGUCUCGCCAGCCCAUGGAGCGGGGCAGCGAGGGGCAGUGGAGUGCACAGGGCCCCAUGGCAUGGCAGGGCAUGUACUAUCAGUAUGAGAUCCGGGUCUUCCAUCCCGCCACCAAUAGAAUCGAGACAUGUGUCACCACCGACCCUUACUCCCGCGGCCUCUCAGCCAAUGGAGAGCGCUCAUUGGUGGUUGACCUGAGUGAUGUCUCGUUGGCGCCGCCUGAUUGGUCCACGUUGCAUCAGAGAAAGCCGCCUCUGCAGUCGUUUUCAGACGUGUCCAUCUACGAGCUUCACAUCCGUGACUUCAGUGCAUCGGACUCCUCAGUGCCAGAGCCCCACCGAGGAACGUACCUCGCCUUCACUCACCCCGUGAGUGCACCCCUGCCUGCCACUCCACGCCUGCCCCACUUUUCCCCAGCGCCUCACCACACUGGCCCCACUCCCGUCCACGCCCUGCCAACCACCGGCUCUUUACAUGAGCCCCUCUGCUUACCUGUCGCCCAUCGCUCCUGUCUCUGUCCGCAUGCUGUUCACCCAUUCUCCUUGCCUUCCCACAUACUGCGUCUUCCCCACCACUGUCCCGCGCCUCUUCCCCACCCCUCCCCCACCCCUGCAUCUUCCAUCCAAUGCCUCGUCUCUUCAUCUCUCCUCCAUCUCUCCUCCAUCUCUUCUCCAUCUCUCCUCCAUCUCUCCUCCAUCUCUCCUCCAUCUCUCCUCCAUCUCUCCUCCAUCUCUCCUCCAUCUCUCCUCCAUCUCUCCUCCAUCUCUCCUCCAUCUCUCCUCCAUCUCUCCUCCAUCUCUCCUCCAUCUCUCCUCCAUCUCUCCUCCAUCUCUCCUCGCUCACUCCACCCUCACCCUCUCUCUCGACACCAUCACGCCCCCCAACAGCAGUCACAGGGAGCACAGCAUCUGACACAGCUAGCGGCCAGCGGGCUCACGCACCUGCACCUGCUGCCAGCCUACGACUUUGGCUCCGUCAAUGAGGACAAAACCGCCUGGCAGGCUGUCGGCAGUGCGCACCUGAAUCACAUCCCAUCCUCCCGCCUGCCCACCUCACCAACCCCCCCUUCCAUCUCUGCAGAUGAGCCCUCCCUCAGGCAGUACCCGCCUGACUCGGACCGCCAGCAGGCGGCUGUAGCAGCCGUGAAGGAUGUGGACGCUUACAACUGGGGAUACGACCCGGUGCACUGGGGUGUGCCGGAUGGCAGCUAUGCCACUCACGCUGACGGCACUGCUCGCACCCUCGAAUUCCGUUCCAUGGUGCAGGCAGUGAACGGCAUGGGGCUGCGCGUGGUGCUCGAUGUGGUCUACAACCACCUCUACGCCAGCGGCCCUCACAGCCCCUUCUCCGUCCUCGAUAAGGUGGUACCCGGGUACUACGUGCGGAGGGACGUGGAGGGGCGGGUGGAGAGCAGUGCGUGCUGCAACAACACGGCGAGCGAGCAUGCCAUGGUGGAGCGCCUCAUAGUGGAUGAUGUGGUCAUGUGGGCCACGCAGUACAAGGUGGAUGGGUUCCGGUUUGACCUCAUGGGCCACCUCAUGAAGCAUACCAUGCUGCGCAUCCGCUCGGCACUGGACGCACUCACAGUCGAGGAGCAUGGGGUGGACGGCAAGGCCAUCUACCUGUAUGGCGAGGGGUGGGAUUUUGGCGAGGUGGCGAAUAAUGGCCGCGGGGUGAACGGAGCGCAGGCCAACCUGCACGGCACGGGCAUCGGCAGUUUCAACGAUCGCUUCCGCGAUGCAGUGGUCGGGGGGACGCCCUUCGGCAAUCCACAGCAGCAGGGCUUCGCCUCGGGCCUCCUGCUGCUCCCCAACGAGUACGAGGAGAGCGAGCGGCAGCGGGAAUACAGCUCCAGCAGCAGUGGCAGCAGCAGCGGCAGCAGCAGUGGGGAGGAGAGCGGGGGCGAGGGGGGGUCAUCAGUAGCGUGGUGGCGGCGGCGACUGGCGGAGAGUGUGGAUGUGAUCCAGGCGGGCAUGGCGGGCAACCUCAGAGACUUUGCCUUCGCCUCUCAUGCCACCGGCCAGCAGCUUGCCGCUCCUUUGCCUCCACUGUCCACAUCCACAUUCUUCCUCCGUGCCUCACGUCCCCUUUCCUCCGCGCCUCACGUCCCCUUUCCUCUCCUCCCCUGCUCCUCACGGCUGCUGCCCGCACAGGUGACGGGAGGGCAGCUGUACACGUUUGGAGGGUCGCCUGUGGCAUAUGCCGCCACCCCGCAUGAAUCGGUGACGUACGUAUCAGCACAUGACAACGAGACUCUCUUUGACAUCAUCACCAUCAAGGCAGCAGCAGCAGCAACCCCCCAGCAGCGCGUGGCAAUGAAUCGAGUGGGCAUGGCGGUGGUGGCAUGGGGGCAGGGCGUGCCAUUCAUCCAUGCGGGCGACGACCUGCUGCGCUCCAAGUCGCUCGACAGGGACUCCUACAACUCAGGGGACUGGUUCAACCGUCCCUCAUCGUCCUUCCACCCCUCCCACCGCCCCUCUUCCUACCUGCCCCUCCCACCGCCCUUAUUUCUGCCUGCCCCUCCCACUGCCCCUCCCACUUCCCUUCCGUGGGCCUGUGCCGACGUGCUCCCGUGUGUGUGCGUGCAUGGCAGGCUGGACUGGUCAGGCGGCAGCAGCAACUUUGGCGUGGGGCUGCCCCCACAUGAGAAGAACGGCGACAAAUGGGACAUGAUGCGUCCACUCCUGGCCAACCAAUCGCUGCGUCCCACAUCAGCAGACAUAGGUGCCACGUCACGCUACCUGUGCAUGCUGCUGGCUGUGCGCUACUCCUCGCCACUCUUCCGCCUGCCCUCUCUGGAGCUCGUUCAGCCUGUGUUGCCUCUUGCCUUGCUCCCCUGUGCCGUCACCCUUCCACUUCUCCCCUGCCUUCCCAUGCCCUCGCCCUUGCCCACCCUUCCACAGGAGCGAGUGCGAUUCCUCAAUGUGGGCCCCACAGCGCUGCCAGGGGUGAUAGUAAUGAGUGUGACUGAUGGCGACGAUGGCUCAGGCAUGGCCCAGCUGGACUCCAGGUUCCGAAUGCUGGUGCUGGUGGUGAGCAUGCAGCCCCAGCUUGCCCGCCUGCACCUGCCGUCCCUGCUCUCACGCAAUCUCGUUCCGCACCCACUGCAGGAGCAGCAUGGCAUGGUGCCAUCACAAGCAGCAGCAGCAGGCCCAUGGUUCCAAGCAGACACGGCUAUGCUGACUGUUCCACCACUGGCAGCCCUCGCCCUGGUGGAGAUGAGGGAGUGA